CUCUCCCUCUCUCUCCUGUUCUCUCUCCUGUUUUUUCUCUCUCCUUGGGAACUGGUUCAACCACAGUACAACCAGCUCAUCUGCAUCUCGCCCUAGAGGACCUGCGGGAACCAGAGGAGGAGGAGACAGGGAGACAGGAGGCGGGCGGGCAGGAGCGGCAGCGGCGGCUGCGACAGCGCACAGCCGGGCCCGCGCCGCGCCGCCGGGGAAGCCCAUGCCCGGCCCGUGCCGCCCGGGGCUUGCUCAUGAGGCCUCUGCCGAGCCGGAGGAGGAAGAACGGCGGCAUCUCCCUGGGACUCUUCGCCCUCUGCCUGGCCGCAGCCCGCUGUCUGCAGAGUCAGGGCGUGUCACUGUACAUUCCCCAGUCCGCCAUCAAUGCUACAGUGGAAGAAGACAUCCUGCUCUCCGUUGAAUACUCCUGCCAUGGCAUCCCCACCAUCGUAUGGAGGUAUACAUCCAAGUGGGGAGUGCAGAAGAUCGUGGAGUGGAAGCCAGGGACUCAGGCCAACAUCUCCCAAAGCCACAAGGACAGAGUCUGUACCUUCGACAACGGCUCCAUCCAGCUCUUCAGCGUGGGUGUGAGGGAUUCUGGCUACUACGUCAUCACAGUGACAGAGAGCCUGGGGAGCAGCCAGUUUGGCACCAUCGUGCUGCACGUGUCGGAGAUCCUCUAUGAAGACCUCCACUUCGUCGUCGUCUUCCUUGCUUUUCUCGCUGCUGUGGCCGCCGUGCUAAUCAGCCUCAUGUGGGUUUGUAAUAAGUGUGCAUAUAAAUUCCAGAGGAAGAGGAGACACAAACUCAAAGAAAGCACAACUGAGGAGAUCGAGCUGCGAGAUGUUGAGUGUUAGCCAAGGCUGGGCCCAAUUACAUUCCUACCUCAAGAGGAAAACAUU